CAUAUCGCCUGCCAUGCGUGGUGAAGUCUUUCGACAGCUGCGGGAGCUGGUGGAAGUGGCAGAGGACAAUGGGCAGCUCUUCUGGGCGCUGAACGUCUCAGCGGUGUUGAAUGGCUCCACGAAGAGUUUGGCCACCAUGGGGGAGGAGGCUUUGCGGCGUCAACUGGAGCAGCGGCUGCCACCCCAUGGGCCUAGCAGUUGGGCUGAGGCUCUGGCCUAUGAAGUGACGCGAGCCGAGCCCUUAGCGUUCCUCUUCGACGUCCUGGGCCUGGACUGCCGGCUGCGUCACCACCGCCGCGCCCUGACGGUUGCCGAGAAGGCGGAGGUGCUGCGCAGCAUGGCCGGGGAGCUGCAGCGAGGCAUCAGCGAGGCGAAGGCGCCCUGGUGUGGCGCCUUGUUGCGAGAGAUGACCUGCUGCUUGUUGGAGAUGUACCAUGAAAGCCUGCGUGGCCGUGAUGAGACCCCCGGCCGGGGCUCCGCGCUAAAUGCGCCGCGGCCCUUGCAGACGGAUGCCAAACUUGGUGCCCUGCUGCGGAGCGGUUCCUGGCGAGAGAUCUUGGAACGCCUGGUGUUUCUGCACGAGCAAGAGCAUGGCCUGGGAGAUCAGAUCACCCUGACCUUGGCCGCCUCAUUGCCGCGGCUGAACUUGAUGCGUCUGCUGGUCUUCGUGCGCGUGCUGCAAGACAUCUGCUCUGGUGAACCUGGCAGCCCCAGCGUACGUCUGCCAACACAGGAGUUGCAUCCCCAACAGCGUGCCUCCCUAGCCUCAGCCGUGGUGCGGGCGGUGUUGGCAUCGGAUCUGAGUACGAUGCCCUUUGAGAUGGAGGAGCAAGUUGAGGAUGUGAGGCUGUCCCCGUUCCUCUCCGACUUCGAACGCAACGGUCUGUUGGAGCUCAUGGCCGCUACCCCUCGGGCUCCACCCACGCGCUCCAUUGCCCCCGCCCGCACAGUGGUGAGGGCCAGCAGUGUGCCGGAGAUCACCAGAGCCACAGUGGAAAUGCCCAAUGGCUCCGGCAGCUACAUCACAGGCCGCCCCACGGGGCGCGGCGCAGAGCUGCGUGCGCUGCGGCGCCCCGCGCCGCGGAUGGCGGAGCCCCAGCCGCAGUCGCGGCCCCGGCGGCCGAGGCACAACGAUUCCUAUGGCUUUGGAUAUCUACCGGGACAUCCCAUGGAGGACUUUGAGCCAGAACCAGCCGCCCUUGGCUCAAUGGGCGGCCCUUGGCGCCCACCGUCCUUGCCACCAUCUCCAAGGGAGGCACAUAGAUGUUGGAACUGCCAGAACUUCUUCUUGCCCGACUCCAUGUACUGUCGUUUCUGCGGGCUGCACCGGGCGGAUCCCCCAAGCCCCUCGCUGCAGCGUGCCGCCACGGCCUUCCAGCGCCUCGCGGAAGCGGCGGCGCGAGAGCCGCGGGAGUCGCGGGAGGUGCCGUCGCGGUCCGCGUCGCCGCGGCGGGUGCCCAGCUGGGGCAUUUGAGGUCCUGGCAACGCCACCGCCAUACUGGCGGUCUGACACCUUGGCUAUCGUCAUCCUGAAGGAAUGAUCCGUCUGAAAACUCGGAAUCCUGAUAAUCC